AUGAGUACAGGUGGUGGCCAUAGUAAACUACAAGAGACCAUGAGUGUGGUAGGAGUUCCAGUCAUGUCAAAGACCAGUUUUAUUAGCACUGAGCGAGCUAUUGGAGAAGUAUGGGAACAGCAGUUGAGAGAAACCAUGCUUGAAGCUGGGCGAGAAGAGAAACAGUUAGCUAUAGAAAAAGGAAACUAUCACGAGGGUGUCCCAGCAAUAACUGUUAUUGUUGACGGUGGUUGGAGUAAACGGUCCCACAAACAUUCUUAUAAUGCUAAAUCAGGGGUUGCCAUCAUUAUCGGCAAAGAGACUGGCAAGUUACUUUUCAUUGGCGUUCGAAAUAAAUUUUGUUAUGCCUGCUCAAGACAGAUUCCUAAAGACAAACAUGACUGUUUUAAGAACUGGAACAAAUCUUCUUCCGAAAUGGAGACAGAUAUUAUUCUACAAGGAUUCAUAGAGGCUGAGAAUGUGCAUGGGCUGCGUUAUACUUCUUUCGUUGGUGACGGAGAUGGUUCUGUCUAUUCCACCCUUCUUCAAUGUGUACCAGAAUGGGGUCACGCAAUAAAUAAGGUUGAGUGCGCAAACCAUGCCUGUAAAUGCUAUCGUGGAGCACUUGAGAAACUUGUUAAGGAGCAUGCCUCAUACAAAGGAAGCGGGGGUUUAACAUUAAAAUUGAGGAAACGAUUAGUUAGUUCGGCCAGGUGUGCUAUCAGAAUGAGAUCAACCGAAAAAGAUCGAAAUAAGGCGCUUGAGUCCCUCAAGAAAGAUAUCAUCAAUGGACCCCAUCAUUGUUUCGGAAAUCAUUCUAAUUGUAGUCCUGACUUUUGCACAACUGCAAGAGAUAGGUUGACGCAACAGUCCUUUCAGGCAGAGAUUAUCACUGUGACUUCUAGUACCUGCAUGACUGAAGAAGAGAAGGAGAAUGAAGUGGAUCAGGGAACGAUGUGGAGUGACACACUGGAAGACGACAACCCAAGUGUGGAAAAGGACAUCAGACAAGGGGAACUCAUACCACAGAAUGUUGACCCAAAAAUGUUCCAUGACAUCCAAGUAAUACUAGCAAGGCUUGUAGGAAAGGCACAUCAACUAAUAGGAAAUGCAACGACUAACCUAGCUGAGUGCUGGAUGCAUAUACGAAGUAAAUUUGAUGGCGGGAAGGUCAUAAACCGAUCACAAAGUGGAUCGUGGGACCAUCGAUGUAUGGGGGCUGGUUUACGCCAAAACCUUGGUCCAGAGUGGGGACCUGAUGUCUGGAGAAGGGUUACCCAGGCUUCUCCAAACAAAGUUUUUACUGACGUGACAGCAUCUAUUACUAACAGUUUGGCAAAAGAUAAAAAACGAAAGGCAACAGGCCCAGCCAAAGAGCAACGAAGGAAAAGUAAAUAUUUGAAACUAGAUGACACACCAGCAGCUCGAAAGGCAUAUGACCGACAUGACGACGGCAUUUCACCUGAUGAUACUACAGCAGAUGUUUCUCCUGCCCAGCUGCAGAUCAUGGUCGAGAGUUACUACGAGCGAAGAGUCAAAGUUUCUGAGAAAAGAGUCAAAGAAAUUGAAGGGAGUACUAGAGAACAAUCUGAUAGUGAUCAAUGGAGACAGGAACGAAGACAACGAAUUACAGCAUCAAAAGUAGGAAGUAUUGCAAAAAUGAGAGAGACUACAAAAAAAAGCAAAAAGUUGAAGAAAUAUUGUACACUACUUUCAGAGGCAAUGAGGCCACACGGUACGGAUCACUAAAUGAGUCAACAGCUACAUCUCAGUACAUAACUCACCAACAUG